ACCAAGCCUUCAGCAUCAAUUUCAGGCUGCCUCAUAUUCUAGUAGGAAGAAGCCAAAGAGAUUGAAAGAGAAGUAACCUGAGUCCAAAGCAGGAUUGCUGGCAGCUUGCUGGGGUACUGUGGGCAAGCCUCUAAUUUUUUUGACCAGUUUCCUCAUCUCUAAAAAUUAGUGUGUUGGCCUGUUGUAAUUCCAGUUUCCCCUUUAGAUUCCAUGCAGUGUUAAACACCAACGCUUACUUUUGUUGUUGCUAGUUUGUAGUCUUAAUCACCUGCUUUCUAAGAGCCAUCACCGGGAGGCAAGGUGAAAAGAUGGCAAGGCAGUCUUGAUUCUUGCACUGGAUCACAAUGGCCUUAAACAACCACAGCGCUAUUCUGGAUCUCUCCUGUAAAACACUGGAGGGGGUUGGGCUGGGCAACACCAUUAGUUCAGCUGUCUCAAGGAGCUCUGGAGCUCCUCAGUUUCAAAGAUUGGGCCCCUUGACUCCUGUUGGAGAGUCAGAAUUUGAGACCUGGGCCUCAGUUUCCCCAUGAGGCAGAAGACACAAUGCAAUUACCUAGGCGCCCCUUUCUUUUUGGGGGGGCCGAACGCCGGGCAUAAGGAGGUUCCCAGGCUAGGGGUCCAAUCGGAGCCACAGCCACAGUAACGCAGGAUACGAGCCGCGUCUGCGACCCUACACCACAGUUCAUGGCAACUCUGGAUCCUCAACCCACUGAGCGAGGCCAGUGAUAUAACCUGCAACCUCAUGGUUCCUAGUCAGAUUUGCUCAGCUGCGCCACAAGGGGAACUCCGAGGUGCCCAUUUCUACCCACCUGGGGUCUUGGAAUUUAACCAGAAAAAAAAGAAAAAGCCCAUGACACACUACCAUUUAUUUUCCUUUUCCUUUUUGGCCUCUGAGGGCGUUUCCAUAGUAACGCGCCAUUGUAUUGGUCUUCCCAGACCAGAGGCUCCAGAGUUUUGGCUUCAGGCCUCAGACUCGCCUGGAUGCUACUGUCUUCAGGCUUUCAUUGGUUGCCUCCAGCCGAGCCCCUCGUAACGCUGGUAACAGCGCCCGCCCACAAGUUGCCAGGCUACGAUUGGUCGGCGCGCCAAAGACUGAGAGCGAACGCCUCAGGCCAUUGGCCUGAGUCACGGCGAAUCUGGCGCCGCGGUUGGUGAACCUAGAGGUCAGUCAGAGUCAGAGGCAGGGUCAAAUAGGGAGAAAUGGCGACGGAGCCAAGCCGUGGGCCCCUCUUUGGAACAAGAUCUGGGUACAUUAGUCCAGCCUCCAGCCUCAACGAAGUUGGAGCUUGAGAAGGCUGGGAGCCUUCUGUCCAGCAGCCUCAGAGAGAAAAUACUGGGACCUUGGCAUCUAGACAUCUCCCAUCCCCCCCAUGGCCCUGGCAAUGCUGAACGAGCUCCUGAUUGAGGACCCAAGCCCACCUCUGCUGUUCUAUCAGGUUAGCAAGACUGCCCAGUUUGAUACCCUCCACUAUCAGAGCUGCUUCAUGCAGAGUGUCUUUGCCCAUUUUCCUGAGAUCUUAUUUGUCCACCGGACCUAUAACCCAAGGGGUAAGGUGCUAUAUACUUUCCUGGUGGAUGGACCUCGGGUGCAGCUGGAGGAUCAUCUUACCCGGGCAGUCUACUUCGCCAUUCCUGCCAAGGAGGAUGCUGAGGGCUUGGCCCACAUGUUCCAGGUGUUCAAGAAGUUUAACCCAGCGUGGGAGAGAGUCUGUACCAUCCUGGUGGAUCCCCAUUUCCUCCCAGUGCCCACCCUCGCUAUGGAGUUCCCCGCAGCUGAGGUCCUGCUCUCCGCCUUCCACAUCUGUAAGUUCCUCCAGGGCAAGUUCUACCAGCUGUCCCUAGACCAGCCGGUGGAGAGGGCGCUCCUGAGCUCCCUGCAGAGCACAAUGUGCUCGGCCACAGCAGGAAACCUGAGGAAGCUGCACACGCUCCUGAGCACCUGCAUCCCACCAGCCCAGCUGCCCGAGCUGCACUCGCACUGGCUGCUCAAUGACCGCAUCUGGCUGGCUCACCGCUGGAGAAGCACAGCCGAGAGCAGCCGCUACUUCCAGGGCCUGGAGGUCACCACCUGCAUCCUCAGCCAGUUCUUUGGCACCACCCCAUCUGCGGAAAAAGGCCUGACCGCGCUGCUGCAAUACAUGCAGCACAACUCUGGGGACCAGGCAAGUUUCAGCCUGGGCCUGAGUCCCCAAAGUGAUCACACCCCCUCAGACGUCAGCGCCGAAAGCCCCAAAGUGGAGCAGUUGGUAGAAGCCCGUAUCCAGCACUCCCUUCAUGCCAUCUGCACGGGGCCAGCAGCGCAGCUUUGCCUGGGUGAGCUGGCCGUGGUCCAGAAAUCCAUGCACCUCAUUGGCUCUGGCUCAGAAAAGGUGAACAUACAGAUCCUGGAGGACACCCACAGGGUGCAGCCCCAGCCGCCAGCCAGCUGCAGCUGCUACUUUAACCAGGCCUUUCACCUGCCCUGCCGCCACAUCCUCGCCAUGCUCAGUGCCCGCCGCCAGGUGCUUCAGCCUGACAUGCUGCCAGCUCAGUGGACGGCAGGCUGUGCUGCCAGUCUCAGUGACAUCCUGGGCAGCGCGUGGAGUGAGACCCUGGAUAAGCACUUGGCCGUGGCCCUCCUCACGGAGGAGGUGGGUCAGCUCCUACAGCACUGCAGCCAGGAGGAGUUUGAACGGCGGUACAGCACCCUGCGGGAGCUGGCUGACAGCUGGAUCGGCCCUUACGAGCAGGUCCAGCUCUGAUCCCCUCCGUGCCCAGAGGUGCUCAUACACACUCCCCCUGUUGUACUUCCACGGUCUCUCCUUCCAGGGAAGAAGGACCAAGGCCUUUUAUCCCGCUGCAGCCUGCUACCCAAAAAGUGUCUAGUUCCUUAAUACAGGAGGCAGCAAACAUUUCUCGUAUAGGGCCCAAGGAUAAAUCGUCUAGACUUUGCUCGCCAUGUACAGCCUCUGUUGUAUAUUUCUGGUCCUUUGUUUUUGUUUGCUGGGUUUUCUUUCUUUCUUUUUUUUUUUCAGGACCACACCCACGGCAUAUGGAAGUUCCCAGGCUAGGGGUCAAAUCAGAGCUACAGCUGCCGCAUCUGUGGUCCAGCCAGAUGCAGUCUAACUGGAGCUACACAGCCACAGCAACACGGGAUCUGAGCUCUGUCUCCGACCUACACCACAGCUCAUGGCAAUGCCGGAUCCGUAACCCACUGAGCAAGGCCAGGAAUUGAACCUGCAUCCUCACUGAUGCUAGUCAGAUUCGUUUCUGCUGAGCCACAAUGGAAAGCCCCUGUUUUGUUUUGUUUUUUUUCUAUAACAACCUUCCCAAAAGGCAAAAACCCUUCUUGGCUCAAGGGCCUUACAAAAACAGGUGACCCCUGCUCCAAGAUAAAAGUUAAAAGCCACUGAGUAGAGAUCAGGGUUAGGGUUUGGUAACAGCUACCCCAGUCAUGAGAUGACAUCUGGCCCACAGGGGAAGAGGCCCCCAGCCUCGCCACCCCCCACCCCACCCCAUCCGGAGGUCAUUAAAGUUGAAUGUUGCCUAUUCUAGCGCUUGUCUAGUUAUUUGCCUUAUAGAAGGUAGUUUAGGAAAGGCUGCAGAAAGAAGAGACUUUGGAGUCUGACACUACAUGCAGGUUUCUUCCCUGCCUGGCUCUGCCUUUUACCAGCUGUGGGACUCCAGGCAAGUGACCUCUCUACACCUCAGUUUGUUUUCCUGCAAAAAUGGAGAUCCCCCAGCGUUGGUAAGAUGAAAGAAGAGUGGCCAUGUGACGGGCCUGAUGCCCAGUGGGUGCUCAAACAAGAGUUCAUUUUCCUGCCUUGCCUGUGGUCCCAUCACCUUCCCCGGCAGGCGAGAAUCAUAGGGCAAGAGGGGGCUUCACAGCGCCUAGUGCUCCGGACAGGAACUUUUGCUGCAGAACCACAGCAGCACAAAAGAGGCCUCCACGCUCCAAGCAGAGCCCCCUACCUCAGGUAACUUUCAUCCUAACUACUCUGACAAGACCUAUCUCCUGGCUUCAUACUUUCUGGAAAUCUCCAGGGGUCUGGGCCCUGAUGAAGGACUGGUGUUGGUCACAGUGGCUCAAACCACCACCCUAUCCCCAUCCCUGCCAUAGGCACCACCAACCCGGUCUGCCCAAAAACCAUUCGGAGAAGCC